CGGGUGCUAAUUGGUCGAGGCCCCAGCCUGCACCUCGGCAGGCGUGUGGCGGCGGGGUCCGGACGCCUACCUCCUUUCUGAGGUUUUCCGACCGCCUCGCGAUCGCCUCCGAGCAAUUUUCCCAAAACAAGCGCCACGCUGCCCUAGCAACUCAGUCAUCCCUGGGAUCCGAGGUCAGAGAAAGCAGCUUCAGCCCUGGGCCCGUAACCUGUGAAGUCCGAUGGGCCCCUUGGGGGGCGCGGUGAGGCCGGGGCGCUUCUUCGGCGUCUACCUGCUCUACUGCCUGAACCCUCGGCAUCGGGGGCGCGUAUACGUGGGGUUCACCGUCAACCCUGCUCGUCGGGUGCAGCAGCACAACGGAGGUCGCAAAAAAGGCGGGGCCUGGCGGACGAGCGGGAGAGGGCCCUGGGAGAUGGUGCUCCUCGUGCACGGCUUCCCGUCCGCUGUGGCCGCGCUCCGGUUCGAGUGGGCCUGGCAGCACCCGGGCGCCUCGCGCCGGCUGGCGCACGUGGGGCGGCGCGUGCGCGGAGAGGCCGCCUUCGCCUUCCACCUGCGCGUGCUCGCGGCUAUGCUGCGCGCGCCGCCCUGGGCCCGGCUGCCGCUGACCCUGCGCUGGCUGUGCCCGGACUUCUGCCGCGACCUCUGCCCGCCGCCGCCGCCCCACAUGCCGCUGGCCUUCGGGCCGCUCCCGGCGUCCCGGGCCCGGAAGGACGAUGGCGAGCCUGCCACAGACCGGGGCUCCCAGGACCAGUGCACCCUGUGUGCCCUCGCGCUGCAGGAUGAAGAGGGCCCCCUGCGUUGCCCCCACCCUGGCUGUGUCCUGCGAGCACAUGUGAUCUGCCUGGCAGAGGAGUUCCUCCAGGCGGAGCCAGGGCAGCUUGUGCCUCUGGAGGGCCAGUGUCCUAGGUGUAAGAACUCACUGCUGUGGGGAGACCUACUCUCGCUGUGUCAGAUGGGCUCCAAGGAAGACAAUGAUGACUCGGAUUUCGAAGAGGGACACUGGACAGACCUGCUGGAGAUGUGAUCCUCACUGCCCCAACUCUGCCCACUAUUCCUUUUGUAUUCUCCUUUCUCCUCAGAUCUGUGCAGUUUUUACUUGAGUACAAUAAAAAUCUGAGUUAAGAAUA